AUGUCUACGGUACCACAUAGUGAAUCAGUACCUCAGUUGGGCACACUGCCAUCUGCUAUAACAGAAACGGCUGCAGCACAGCCAGUCGCUUCGUCGCAACCAACGAGCGUGGCGAAUAGCAACGGCAGUGUAAGAAUUGUUGAAAAAGUGGAAAUGGCCACGAUGACUGAUAUGUUUCCCAUAGAAAAAGAAGAAAGUGAAAGUGUUGCACAGAGUAGUAAACCUAGCGUGAGUGGAGAUGUGGCGAAAAGCAAAACGCUGCCCCAGCUGGCCCCUCUACAGCCACCAGUUAAGAUCCAGUGCGUGUUACCAGCUACUAUCACUGAGAAUAGUGAAAUGGUUAUCAAAGAAACCGUCAAAGAGAUGGAAAAACUAGAACUGGACGAUGCUGCUCACGCGGAAGAACCCGACACACUUUCACCUCUGAUGACCGAUAACUACACAUACCUUCAGCAUCAGGAAAUGGUGCUAGAAGAAGGUGAAUUAAAUCCUCAACACCAUUAUCACCAUCAUCAUCACCAUCACGGUCACGACGAGAUCCACGACUAUGAUCUCGAUGACGAUGAAGAGGAAGAUGACGAUAUGUACAUGGAAGACGACGACCAUAUGGUGCCUCUUUCGGCGGUUCCGCCAGUCAAUAUGAAACAUUCGGAUACGAAAGAUUCGAUCAGUUCCAUUGAUAGUGAUGUCUCUAUGUCAUAUGAUCGAAGAGAUUCGACUGAAUCCCAGCAUCCUCCGGAAGAUGUCGGAACUGGAUCAUCUGACGAUAAUGCUAAGGACUCCGGUUGUGAAAUCACGAAAAAGUUAGAGGAAAACACACCUGCUGAAGAGGAUGCUUACGAGAUCCCCGACGAUGAUAUGUGCGAAAAAAUUAUAGAACAGGUGGAGUUUUAUUUUUCCAACGAAAAUAUUUUGAAGGAUGCCUUCCUAUUGAAGCACGUUCGCCGAAACAAGGAAGGAUUUGUAAGUCUAAAGCUGGUAUCUAGCUUUAAACGUGUUCGACAAUUAACAAAAGAUUGGCGAGUCGUAGGCUACGCCAUCAAACGUAAAAGCGUUAAGAUUGAGUUAAACGAUUUGGGUACUAAAAUCCGUCGUCUAGAACCACUGCCAUUAUAUGAUGAAACAACCCCAUCCCGAACAGUCGUUGCAACGGGUCUACCGUAUGACAAAUAUACUGUUGAAAAAGUAUCCGAACUGUUCUCCAAAUGCGGUGAAAUAUCGCUUAUUCGAGUUUUACGUCCAGGAGGACCUAUUCCAGCGGAUGUUCGUCAGUUUAUCAACAAACAUCCUGAGCUGCAGCAAAAUGAGUGCGCAUUAAUUGAAUUCACCGAAUCGAUAUCAGCUCGUCGUGCUCAAAAUAUCGACGAGUUCAUUGUCCUGGAGCUGGUCGCACCCAAGAAGAAAACUGGCAAGAAGGCCAAUGUAACCCGGUUCGUGGAAAAUUAUAAGUACGUUACCAGUCAUGACAUUGAGCGUAGCCGAGGAGGCGAAACCUUGGAUCGAUUCAAGAUGCGUCGAGGCUCCGGUUUUUACCCUAAACAGGAAAUACAACAUGUAUACCAGCCGAUGAUUCCACAGCCCAUGCCUCCACAAGAGCAACCAAGCAUGCAACCAAUGAUGCCGCUGCAACCUCAACAGCAGCAGCAGAUGCAACCACCGCAACAGCAACAACCACCACCACAACAGCCUAUGUUCAUACCACACUCACCACAGCAGAGAAAGUAUUCAUAUGGAAACGAAAACUAUGAUUACUUCAAUCGACGCCCGAGCAACUUUUCAAUGGGAAGCAGUGAUGCUUCCCGUAAAUACUCCAGCUGUUCCGAAGGAUACUCUAGCUGUGGCGAGAUGUCACGUCGGAUGUCCCAAUGUUCGUCAGGGCUCGACAGCAUAUCACGAAGAACAUCGAACUGCUCUGAAGUGCCAUCUAGACGUUCAUCAAAUUGUUCGGAUUUCUGUACAUGCUCACGACGUGUCUCUCAAUGCUCGGAUAUGUAUCGUCGAAUUUCCCAAUGUUCAGAUCACAACCAGCGCAAGUUUUCGGUUGGAUCUAAUUACGACCGAAAAUUCACGAACUCACCGGAUAUGGGUAUGCCCCAACGUCGCAUUUCGAUGGAGUCCAACUAUGAACGAAAAUUCUCCAAUGGACCAAAUAUGUACGAAAGUCCAAAUAUUUCGCCCAGAAAGUACUCCAAUGGCUUCGAUCCACUGAGAAAAUUAUCAAGCAGCUCGGAAUACUACAAUGGCCGACGCAUUUCAACCGAUUCAGGCUACGAUCGACGCAUUUCUGUUGCUUCGGAGUGUUCGAAUGGUGGACCAAGGUCACGCUCCGGGAGUGCGGUACAAAUGCAGUGUCAGCAGCACGGUCAGGGAGAAACGGUAGUGCGCACCCCGAUUGGUCCAGAUGGCAGCAAAGGAUUCGGUUCCAGGACCCGUCGCGUUGGACAGAUUGUACCACCUGCCUGA